UUCCCUCUUGUUGACAGAACAGACUGUAUCUCUAGGCUCAGUAGUGCUGUCUGAGUGGGAGAGUCCCCAAGUCCAGAGUGCCUGUACAUGGAAUAUGAAGAGGAUGAUGAUGUUUCCUUUGCAAAAUGGAUGAGCAGUUACUGGGGCCACAGCUUAAUUGAUGAGCAUGAGAAAGAGGGCAGAGGCUUUCGGAAACGCCAGUCCCGAGUGUUUAGUGAGAGGAGAGCUUCCCUUCCGGCCAAGCUUUCAUCUAUCCACAUGACAAGACUUCGUGAGUCAACAAAGGCCCCAUCCUCAAGUCACCUGAGAGGCUGCAAGGAAGUACAAGAAGACCAAGAUAUGAAAUGCCAUUGUCAUGUGAAGGAAUGCAGAAUGCCUUCCACGGAAGGCCCCUGCCCUGAGACAAGAGAACCACACAGCAGAACAAAUUCCAUCCAGGAACUUUCAGAAUCCUUUAAGAAACAACUGCAUUUCAAAAGCAAACGCUCAAUUUCUUUGCCACCUGAGGGCAUGAUGGAGAGAACAGAAAGAGAAAGACUAGGCAUACCCAAGAGCAGGUCUCGCAAGAAAAUGGGAGAAACGAUGGAGCCAAAGAGAGGGAAAGAAGAAGAAAACCCACAGGCCUCUGGUGGAAAACACAGUUAAUGGUCCCCAUCACAUGCAAGCAUUCAGAAGGGCUGUUCUGCCUAAAUGGUUACAGUGCAUUGGAGUUACUACCUUUUUCAUUCUAACUGAAAAGCUUUUGCCAUUUUUUUUACUAGAAAGAAGCUAGUUAGUUAAAGCAGACCCUAAAUUUUAAAAUAAAAUUAACAUGAUGGAACCACUGAA